AACAUGAAACAUUAUUGCGGAGAGCGAAUUUCAAAUGAAAUAUUUGCACCGACUUUAUUCUAGUUUUGUUGUUGAUGAGCAUUUCGGCAUUUCACAGUUUUUUUUUUAAUUUCUAGAUUAUAUGUAAAAGAAGCUAAAUUGUACUUUAAAUUGAUUUGGUAACUCGUAUGAAUUAUCUGAAGAUAAUGAAUCUAAAGAACAAUCUUUUACGAAAAAAAAACAUUUAAAAAAUGAUUCUAUAGAAGAAUCUGAUAUUUGAAAUCAUUGGUUGAUUGUUCGAUUUCGAGGUUAUGUUUUGUCACCGUAAAUAAAGUAACAAACACGCACAUGUGUGUGUUCUCAGGCUGUAUACGAAAAUAAAAAAGGAAAAAGGUUGCGGGAGUUGUUUUUUGGAUAAGCGAUUCCUUAUAUAUUGAGAAUCGGCGUUGUUUUUGUUGUUGUUUGCUUUAUAUACGACAUCAUCGAACAUUAUCGCGCGUGAACGAUGAGUGUCGUCGAUAGUGUGGAGGACGUUGAAACGUUGCAUGUUCGAUUGCUGACGAAUUUUCAAAAAAUUGAAGAUGUCUCCCUGACACCGCAAAUAAAUGGAAUUCUGAGGGGCCAAUACGGGGAGAGUCUAAACGAACAUUUUGGUUCCAUAAGUCGACAUGUAAUGUCAAAUGAGAAAGAGUUGACAGAACAAAUAAGCAACUCCUUGCAAACAGAAGAGAACCUGCAUGAAGAAUGGCUAUUGGCAGGUAUUUCAGCCCUUUGCUAUUUUGUUCAGUGCAAUUGGACCGGUCCAGAAGACAUGGAAGAUGUAGUUUGGCUAAUGAGUUUGAAUGAGAAAGCUCUAAGGUACUUGAAAUUGGACGACCAGUGCAACGAUAACAUGGUGAAGCCAGAAUUACUUUAUUUUGCAAAAACAAUAUUUUCUAUGAAAGAGUUAUGUUUUAAGUUUAAAACUUGUGGAUGGUGGGCAUUACGGGCAAAUUUUUUGCACGAGUUCAUCAUUGAAGAAUCCUCCGAUGUUCUUCUGGAACAGUCAGAGAAAUUGAUUGCUGAAAUAGAACAAUCGUCGCUGAUCAAAGAUGACUUCUUACGAACUUUGUUCAAUGUUGAAGUAGCCCAAUUUUACUUACGAUAUAAGAGGAUACAAAACUCUGAAAAGUAUAUGAAUGCUGCACAACAAACAGCUGGACUUCGCCUUAAACUUGAAGGUGCCAUGGGGAAGCGUACCAAAUUUCAACAAGAAGCUAAAGCUCAACUUUAUCUGGAUGUUGCUAUCGAUAAAGAAAUUUAUCCCUUCAGGAGCUGCCCCGAUUUACCUAAACCUUUAGAACUCAAUGAUGAACUGAGAUUGGAGAGAAUCGAGUUUGUCGAAGUUAAGGAGAGACCUCACCUUGGGUCAAUCGAGGAUUCUAUUGUAUUGACCAAAUGUUUUCACUUGCUCUUAUCACAACCUAAGGAUAAACUCACAGACGAAGAGAUCAUUCCAUAUUUAAAUAAUGUUAUCGAAUACACAAAAAAUUGGCCCCUCCUCAUGUCUGCGCUUCAUCAACGCUGUAUUAUGGAGUUGCGAGACAGAAGAACUGUGGAAAGGGCAAUGGCACAGGCCGAAAAUCUCAUGGAACUGUUGAAUCACGCUGUUCCACCAAUUUACAACAGAAUUGACUUUUUCUUCACUUCCGGAAUGAAGCCCAUCUGGACUUACAAACAGAUACUGGCUGAUGCUAUGUUAAGCCUUGGCCUUGUAAAAGGAGCUCUCGACCUUUACCUCAAACUUCACCUGUGGGAAGAUGUUAUUGUCUGUUAUACGAUUUUGGAGCUCAAGCAUAAAGCUGCCGAAAUAAUUCGUCAAGAAAUAAAAAAGAAAGAAACAGUGAAAUUGUGGUGUUUAUUGGGUGAUGCGACUCAAGAAAUUGAACAUUACGUAACGGCCUGGAAAUUGUCGAAUGAGAAAAGCAGUAGAGCCCAAAGACACUGGGGCUUCCAUUAUUUUGCCAAGCAGCUUUAUCAAGAAGCUAUACCUCAUUUGAAAUUAUCAGUGGAGUUAAACAAUAUUCAGGAAAAUGUCUGGAUUCGUUUGGGUUUUGCUGCUCUGCAAGUUGAGGAUUGGAAAUUGGCCGCGACUGCAUACAGAAGUUAUUGCAAUUUAGAACCCUCGACUUUUGAAGCAUGGAACAAUUUGGCGAAAGCUUACAUUAAAAUGGGAGAGAAGGAGAGAGCCUGGAGAUCGCUACAGGAUGCGAUAAAAUGCAAUUAUGACAGAUGGGAAAUUUGGGAUAAUUUGAUGCUCGUUAGUAUCGACGUGGGACAUUUCUUAGAGGCUAUACGGUGCUACCAUCGAAUUUUGGAUCUCAAAGGUCAACACAUCGACAUUCAAAUUCUGGUGAUACUGACAAAGGCUGUGAGGGAAAACAAGGUUGAUUAUGAUGGGAAUCCGUCGAGAAAGUUGUUGCCAAAAGUUCUUGAAUUGUUCGGUCGUCUCACAGCGAUAACACUUACAAAUUCUGAAAUUUGGCGGCUGUAUGCAGAGCUUACAAUAAUUAACAACACCGAACUUGAUGCACAAAAAGCAGCUCAAUAUUUGCAGCGCUCUUAUCGGGCAGCAAUUUCAGAUUCGAGAUGGGCCGAAACCAUCAAAGGCACUGUUACCGUGCUUGAUUUAUGCAUUCAAUUAGGCGAAGCUUAUUUGAAUUGUUAUACGAAUGUUUCGAUCGGUCAAAAAAGAUCAAUGCUCGGCAGCGCCAAAUUGUGCCUUCAAUCAGUUCUCACGAGGGUAAAAAAUUACGACUUGAUCCAACAAGAGGAAGUCCGCGAACGAGUCGAUUCUUUGGAUAAAUUAUUUGAAGCCAUUAAUACGGAAUUUGAAAAAGUCAAAGCGACAUAAUUAAUACUUUAAACCAAAUUAAAUUUGGAAGUAUUUAACAUCCCUAUUUUCACCCAAUAAGAAUAUUGCACAAUUUGUUAAAUAACUAAAUAAAGUUGAAAAUUGAGUCUUUUUUUAAUGUUAUAAUCAUCGAUAACCUGAUUGUAAUUGUGCCAGAAAAUGAUCAAAGAAUACAUAUAUAUAUAAAAGAAA